AUUCCCCUUAUCGCAAUGGAUGUAAAGCGAAACAACAGUGUCACCUACGUGUUCAAUGCUCAAAAUAACGCCAUGUGCAUGGGAGCUGCGUCCUGGGAUGCUCGAAAGAAUGUAAUUUGGAAAUUCUUGCCGUCUGUCGGAGUGCCAAGAUGUCGCUUAAAAUUGACUCGGAUGACGAUGAAAAUAGUGGCCACUUUACCUAUAAGAUAGAAGAAUGGAAUAUAAAACGUGCAGGCAAACAUCGGAAGUAUACGGGAAAUAUUUUUGCAACGACUUGUGCUUCCUUGACGUGCGUGUCGUUCGGACUCAUGCUAGGAUGGCCUUCCCCAACUUACCCCGCACUAUUGGAACCAGACUCCCGGAUCAAAAUCACAAUGCCCCAAAGCGCUAUGAUUACCGGAUUUUUGAUGCUAGGCGUAUCGAUCGGUACGCCGCUGUCUUCGAAAAGGAUCGUCCACGGGCCGAAAUACGGAAUUAUUUUAGGAAAUUGUUUAAUGGUACUGGGGUGGAUCCUAAUGUGGCAGGCGAAAAGCGUAUUGUGGCUGCUAGCUAGUAGGAUUAUAUUAGGUCUCGGGCAUGGUUUUGCCAUGGGUCAAAUCAAAAUUUACAUCAAAGAAAUGUGCGACGAGUCGCUUGCGUCCAGCUUUUCAAAGCAACUAAACCUUUAUGCGUUUUUCGGACUAGUAAUUGCGUUCGUCAUAGGACCAUUUGUAGAUUUUAAACAGUUUUCCUUGGUGUCGUUAGUUAUUUCGGUUGUCAUACUGUUCGUAACGAUUUUCCUUCCCUGCACGCCUAGGGAACUUAUCGAACUGAACAAAAUUAAAGACGCCCAAAAUUUAUUACAAUUUCUCAAACCGGACGCCAACGUAGAACAAGAGACGGACAAAAUACUAUACAGUUUAGGUGUCAAAACCGAAGAAAACGGGUUCAUAAAAAUUAUCCGAAACCCCACCUUGAGGAUAAAUUUUGUCAAAUUCUCGCUGCUAAUAUUUUGUCAGCAAUUUAGUGGAGCGCCGCCCACACUAGUGUACACCCAAAUUUUGUUUAGAGAAUCUCUUGUGCCAAGUCCUGAAUACGUAGCCAUAGGGUACGCCAUAUUGUUUUUCAUAUCGAAUGUAGUGGGUAUUUACGUAACCCCAAAGUACAAUAAAAAGACUGUGUUAGUUAUAUCUAGUAUUAGUGUAUCGAUCCUAUCCGUGUGUAACAUACUUGUGAUAUUUUAUAAAAUUAACCACAAGUUUCCUUAUGCGUCAGUGAUCGUAUUAUAUUUAUUUAUUUUUGUUCAUACAGUAGGCUUGGGCAGUAUUCCACUUACUCUGAUAAACGACCUGUUCCCUAAAAGUUACAGGUUGUUUGUUACAAAAUGUUUCAUCGUUUAUAUAUCUAUGUUCGCAUUGAUUGUAACGAAGAUAUUCCAAGUUUUAGUAACGGAAUACAGACUAGAGACGCCAUUUUAUUUGUUUCUUGCCGUUAGCGUCAUGGCGGCAGUCCAUGUAUUAAUUUUUAUACCAAACGAUGAGUUGGCAUUAAAGGAAAGCUCAGGUCUGUAUCAAAUAAACAUUACCCACAGUAUUAAUAAUGCUCAAUUUAAGAAAUAAAACGAUAUUUUUAAGCGCUA